AUGCCUGUAAUGUUUUUGUCCUCCAGCCAGUUACAGAAGGAAGAAGAGAAAGGAAGUGCUGAGAUGGAAGAAUUGAUGGAAAAGUUGACAGUCCUGCAAGUGCAGAAGAAGAGCCUGCUUUUAGAGAAGAACAACUUGUCAGCUCAAAACAAAGCACUGGAAGCUGAACUUGAAAGGACACAUAAAACAAAUAGGAAAUUGCAAAAGAAAAUUGAUGUCCUCAAAAAGCAGGUGGAAAAAGCCAUGGGGAAUGAAAUGUCUGCUCACCAGUACCUGGCAAACCUUGUUGGCCUGGCAGAGAAUAUAACCCAGGAACGUGACAGUCUUAUGUAUUUGGCUACAUGUUUAGAAAAUGAGAAGCAUGGAGUUCUCAACAAGAUUGUAGAAGGUAAUAUUCGCUUGGGAAAGUUAGAGGAAAAAGUCAAGGGGUAUAAGAAACGGGCAGCACUGAAGCUGGGUGACAUCAGUCACCGUCUGAUGGAGCAGCAGGAGGACUUUGCUGGCAAGACAGCUCAGUACCGUCAGGAAAUGAGGUACCUCCAUCGGAUCCUGCAGGACAAGCAGGAGGUCCUGGACAAGGCACUGCAGGAGAAAAGAGAAAUGGAAGGUGAGCUUGAUGUUGUUUGGGAGUCUACCUCCAAAGAAAACCAAAGAAUCCGAGAACUUCUCCAGGCCACACUACAGAGGACAGGCAUGUGGGACAACACCAGAGCUUUUGAGGACCCCUGCCUCGAUGGCAUUCCUCGGGGAGACCCACUGGAUGGCUACAAUUUCAGCUACUGUGACGUGAAGCCUCCUGCCACUACCUACCAGUCUGAGGGAGCCCCUGGGUUAGGCCACACAGCCUAAAAGGUCUGCCUUACACAGGCUGGGGAAAGGUGGCUUCUGUCCCCAGGAAGAUAGCCAACAGUGCCAAGGGGCAAUGCAGAAGCCCACCAAGUACUGCAGGCAAAGAAGAUAUAAACUAUCUCAGAAUUUU